CAUAGAAUUCAUCUAGAAUCGCAAUUUCUAUUCAUGAUAUAUUGUUCAAUCAGCUUAAUGAUUUUGAUGAAAUUAAGAGAGAAGAAAUAUUGUCUUUUGCAAAUACGCUUGAGAAAUGUAAAUUGAAAAUUCCUAGUAGGCAUGAAGAAGAAAAGCUUAUUGAAAAUACUAAAAAAUCUCUGACAGAAGAAUAUAAUCAAGCAUACAAAAAAUGGUUGGCAUCAAAACAAGAAUAUGAGAAACAGGUUUUGCAUCGUUUAGACUUCUUGGUGAAACAAGUUUCAGAAAAUGCAAUGGAUGCAACGCAAAUAAUUGUGAAUGCCCAGAAUAUCGAGAGGAAAAAAUUCAUAACUAAAAUUAAAGAUUCUCUUACCCAAAAGUUAUUGGCACAACACAAAUGGUCUUCUUUAAUAGAACAAUUGUCUCAUGAAAGGGCUGCUUGGCAUUUUAGGCAGUCAUAUCCACAAAACUGGGAACUCGAUCCAACAGAAGGACCAUUAAGAAUAAGGCGGAGGUUAAGAAGGUUUCAUUUAAAUAUAAAAGCUCGUUUUCUUCUACCUGAAUACAGGCAAAAAUUAGAUUGUAGACAGUUAAAUCCUCCUUUAAGUUAUUUGCAUCAAUCAAAAUAUGAGGCAAAUGAAUCUAAUAUUCUAAAAGAUAAAGUUCAUGCUGAUGAACAGAUAUGUUAUAAUUGCUGCUGUUACCUUGUGACUCCAUCUAAAGAAACUUUGGGAGAAAUUCUGAUAGGGGAAAAAAGUGUAUAUUUUGUUGCAGAAAAUUUUUUAUUUCAGAGUGUAGAUGCUGAUAUAUUAUGUUUAGCGUGGUUAAUUAAGGAUAUCACAGAAAUUUUGCCAAGACGUUACGAAUUACAGGACAGUGCAUUGGAAAUUUUUUUAACAAGCGGCAUAACGUAUCUUAUAGCAUUCAAAUCAGUUAACAUCAGGGAAGAAUUCUACUUGCAUAUCAAAAAAUGUCAGCAUUUUACACCACAUACUGUAACAUCAUUAUCAACUCUAACGAAUCAAUGGAGAAUGCAUUCUCUUACAAAUUUUGAAUAUCUUAUGCAACUGAACAAACUUGCAGGAAGGUCUUGUAAUGAUUUAAUGCAAUAUCCCGUGUUUCCUUUUAUCAUAGCUAAUUAUUCUAGUUCCGACCUCAAUCUCGAAGAUCCAAGUAUCUUCAGGGUUUUGCAUCGUUUAGACUUCUUGGUGAAACAAGUUUCAGAAAAUGCAAUGGAUGCAACGCAAAUAAUUGUGAAUGCCCAGAAUAUCGAGAGGAAAAAAUUCAUAACUAAAAUUAAAGAUUCUCUUACCCAAAAGUUAUUGGCACAACACAAAUGGUCUUCUUUAAUAGAACAAUUGUCUCAUGAAAGGGCUGCUUGGCAUUUUAGGCAGUCAUAUCCACAAAACUGGGAACUCGAUCCAACAGAAGGACCAUUAAGAAUAAGGCGGAGGUUAAGAAGGUUUCAUUUAAAUAUAAAAGCUCGUUUUCUUCUACCUGAAUACAGACAAAAAUUAGAUUGUAGACAGUUAAAUCCUCCUUUAAGUUAUUUGCAUCAAUCAAAAUAUGAGGCAAAUGAAUCUAAUAUUCUAAAAGAUAAAGUUCAUGCUGAUGAACAGAUAUGUUAUAAUUGCUGCUGUUACCUUGUGACUCCAUCUAAAGAAACUUUGGGAGAAAUUCUGAUAGGGGAAAAAAGUGUAUAUUUUGUUGCAGAAAAUUUUUUAUUUCAGAGUGUAGAUGCUGAUAUAUUAUGUUUAGCGUGGUUAAUUAAGGAUAUCACAGAAAUUUUGCCAAGACGUUACGAAUUACAGGACAGUGCAUUGGAAAUUUUUUUAACAAGCGGCAUAACGUAUCUUAUAGCAUUCAAAUCAGUUAACAUCAGGGAAGAAUUCUACUUGCAUAUCAAAAAAUGUCAGCAUUUUACACCACAUACUGUAACAUCAUUAUCAACUCUAACGAAUCAAUGGAGAAUGCAUUCUCUUACAAAUUUUGAAUAUCUUAUGCAACUGAACAAACUUGCAGGAAGGUCUUGUAAUGAUUUAAUGCAAUAUCCCGUGUUUCCUUUUAUCAUAGCUAAUUAUUCUAGUUCCGACCUCAAUCUCGAAGAUCCAAGUAUCUUCAGAAAUUUAUCUAGACCUGUCGCAAUUCAAAAUAAGGCCAGAGAACAACACUAUAUAAAUGCGUAUAAUUAUUUGAAAGCUGAAUGUGAGACCAUGUCAAAUAUUGACUCCAGUCUUCCCAUUUCUGGUCCAUACCAUUAUGGUUCUCAUUACAGUAAUAGUGGUACAGUGCUUCACUUUUUAGUUCGUUUACCUCCAUUUACCGAAGUGUUUCUUGCCUAUCAAGAUGAUAAUUUUGAUAUUCCUGAUCGAACAUUCCAUUCUCUGGAUUCAUCUUGGAGACUUUCAAGCGGAGAUUCAACUAGCGAUGUCAAAGAACUAAUUCCUGAAUUCUAUUUUUUGCCUGAAUUUCUACUUAAUAGUGAAGGAUUUGAUUUUGGAAUUCGUCAAACUGGCGAGAGAGUUCAUCAUGUUGCACUACCUCCCUGGUGUCACGAUGAUCCCAGAUUGUUUAUUCUUAUUCAUAGACAAGCUUUGGAAUCAGAUUUUGUUACAGGACAAUUACAAAAUUGGAUUGAUCUAAUAUUUGGUUAUAAACAAACUGGUAAAGCAGCAGUAGAAGCUAUUAAUGUAUUUCAUCCAGUGACAUAUUAUGGACACGACAUAACAAAAAUAACAGACCCGGUCAAAAGAUGUGGCCUUCAGACGAUGAUCAAAACUGUUGGACAGACUCCAAGACAACUGUUUUUUGCUCCUCAUCCAAUGGUCGAAUUAUCGAUAAGUUUGGGAAAUGAACAGCCAUCAUUACAAACUGUUCUACCUAAUAUACAAAAUUUAAAGUGGGGAAGUUACGUUGGCUCUCCCAGCUCAUUAGAGCCUCUGUUAGUUUGGAGAUGUAAUUGCUCCAGUCCAAUAUGUAAAUUGGUACCAUUAAUGACAAAUGAUGUUUUUGGUCUUACCACGAGAUCAUGCCUGUUACUGAAUCAUAGAAAAAGCAAAGCAGCAGGACUGACAAGUAAUACAUAUGUGAUGUCAACUGCACUAGUCUCUUGGGGAUAUGGAGAUGGCAUUAUAAGAAUGACUCUUCAGAAAGACAGACCAACAAUUCCUCUUUUUACAGAAUUUAAUGAUCCUGUAAGUUCAAAUUUUAAAGAUAAAUAUAGUGGAAACCUCUGA